UCACAUUUCUCGAUCGUCAGAAAUAAAAUCGGAGCUUAUGCGUCGCUUGCAAUUAUUUUAAAUUCUUAGUAAACUUUCUUGGAAAAUGCUUAAAUAUUUGGCUGGAAUUUUCGUCAGUCCGCGCAAUGACUACGCGAAUGGUCGCUACAGGAUUCCGCAUCCGAAGAAGCUGGCCGCCAGGCGAAAGUCGCCCCCGGUGAAUAUAUCCACGAGGAGCGUCAUCAAUGGCGGCAGGUCGGCAAACGGGAGGCUCAAGACGGAAAAUAGAAACGCACGGCGACGUCGAGAGGGCAAUCCACAUCUGACGCGACCACACAGCCGAUCCUCCCAGAAAACCAUAGGGAUCCGCCUGGAUCCCAUUAGCUACAUCGUAAAUGUGCCCAAUUCCACUUCAUCGCCCGACGACGACGAGGAGGAGGUGCCUGUACCGCAAUUGCCCAACGCAGUAAACAAACUGAAGGCUCGAACGUAUCGGAAGGAGAAUUCCGAUUGCCUUAUUCCACCGCCAGUUAGUCGCGUCGCGAGUUGGUCGGGUCCUUUGAAUGCCAGUCCCUUCAACCAGCUGGAUGAGCAGAAUUCCAUCUCUGACGAUGCGGACGCAAUGGGCUGGAAAGCGAUUUGUUUGCCAGAUGAUUUUUGGUCGGAGGAUUCGGACUCGGAAAGCAAAAGCAAAAUGAGUAAAAUCAAUGUCUUUUAAUAUACAAAAAAUUUAUUUUAAAUAUUAUAAUAGUUGACCAUUCAAUAAG